AGUUUAACCCGAGAAUUUUUAUGGAUUGAGCGAUGGCGGCAAUGGCUGCGAUGCAUAAUAAUUUUACUGAGAAUCAUUUUUAAAAACUAAUUUAUAUUGGAGUUUCGUAGAAUCUUAGCGGAAUGUUUAAAUACUGCUGUUCUAUCACUAUUCUCCCUUGAACCGUAUCAUGCUCAGUGAUGAAAAUAAUAAUUCUAAUCAUCUUUUUCUUUGCCUCUAAUUCCCUUUACUUCAGAUUUGUUCAAACAGGUAGUAUAAUAGUGAGGUACUGAUGAAAUUAUUAAUAUUUUUUAUUGUAGAUACGAAUGUUGAAUCUUUUACAAUCGAAGGCCAAGCAGAUGCACAUAUUGGUGGUCCAAAGAAUAUUCUAUUUUUUCAAUGCAAUCAUUCCAAGCAUGAUUUCGUUUUGACUUCUAACAACGGAUCAAUUUUUCUUGCAACAGUUAAUUCUACUCAUGAAGGCGUUUAUCAAUGUUCAUCAUUAAAUUGUAAUGAUUGCUUACAGUGGAAUUUCACAUUGCACGUUGAAAGUACGUUUUUUAUUUUUCAUUACACUAGAUAUGUAAAAUUUAUUAGAUAUAUCUUGGUAAAAUAUUCCUUUUUAGUUCAAAUUCUACUUUUAAUAACUAAAAACUUUGAUACAUAAUUGCACAACAGAAACAGGUACCAGGGAAACUAAAAAAACCACCCUAAAUGAUCCCAUUACUACCAAUACUGUAACCACGUUAGCACCGACGUUAACUGUUGAUAUAAUGGAAGAUACUGAAGUUAAGGGAUUUAAAAUAACCAACAGAACUUUUAAUUCCGUUCAAGUACACUUUAAAAUUACUGGCACUAUUCCUCUUGGUAAAAUAUAUUGUGAAAAAAUUUGUGGUCUACAAUGUCGAAACUUAACUCUUUGCAAAGUGAAUCGUACAUCAUCAUCUAUAUAUAAUAUUCAAAAUUUAAGAGAAGGUAAUUCAUAUGAACUGAAAGGUAUUUUAAACAAUAGUGUCACAUUGUAUAUUGGAAAAGUUACAACGCUUAAGAAACCCUCAAUUAAAGUAACAUCGAUUUUUACCUCUAAAUUUUGCUUUCAAUCGGAAAUAGAAUGUGCUAAGUGUAUUAAAAUCUUAUUGAAGAAAGCAAGAAGUAAUGAAUGGAAACGUUCAUUUUAUAAUGGGAGGACUUUUUGUAUAAAUUAUUUAGAUUCCGAAGAAGAGUACGACAUAAAAAUUGACAUAUAUUUCGGAGAGUACGGAUUUCUUGAAGCGAAAAAGUAUAAGUUAAAAACCAAAGCUGAAAUACCACCGUCUCCAAAGAUUUUAGACCUCGAACUUAAAAAAAAUGUUUUAACUUUGUGGAUAGAAGUCGAUAACUCAAAGAAAGUUGAAGAAUUUUUCAUAAAAUUUCAAAAUUGUCCGUCAGCCAAAGAAGUUAAUUAUACUACAAAUGUGUCCGAAUUAAAAUUAAAUAAUACCCGAUAUCAGUUUAUAACAAAGCUUCCUGAAAUAGGAUGUAAAGUUUCUGUCAGUGCAGUAAGAAACUUCAAUGGAAGUUCUCUUUAUAGUCAUUUUAAACAUAUUGAUGAUGCCAUGCUGAAAUAUAAAAACAUUCGCCCACCGAAAGAAAAGAAAUCAAAUCAAACUGUUAUAAUAGCUGGCACACUACUUUCAUUUUCCGCUAUAGCAGCAGGAGCAAUAUUUUUCUUUCUGUACAGGCGAUUUUUCCGACAUCGUCAAAGAUAUGAUUACAAUGGAUUUUUUUUACAAAAUGGACCAUCCUCCAUCGCAACAGUUGCCAUAAAUUUCAAAUCAGAAUUAACUAAAUUACCAGAUAGUGAUACCAAGCCAAUACUUCUUGGGGAUUGGGAAAAUUAUGUGCAGAAACUCCGCUCCGAUGGAGAUGUUGGAUUUUCAUUGCAAUACGCCGAGUUGGAAAAAGCAACUGCUCCAACCCACUUUCAAGCACAUGCUUCCAAUCUUUCUGAAAAUCGUUUAAAGAAUCGAUAUGUUAAUAUAGUUGCCUAUGACAAUACCAGAGUGAUUCUUGGAACGAGUUCAAACCCCAAACAUAACUAUAUCAAUGCCAAUUAUGUUGAUGGUUAUCAUGCUGAAAAAGCUUACAUAGCUGCACAAGGUCCGCUGCCAGCUACAUUUGUUGACUUCUGGAGGAUGAUAUGGCAAGAAAGAUGUACAGUUAUUGUUGUUAUAACAAACAUGACUGAAAAAGGCAGAAAAAAAUGCGAUCAAUAUUGGCCAUCGGAGGGUGAGGAAACAUAUGGUAAUUUUACAGUAAAAUUAUUGUCAACUACUGAAAGAGCCUUCUUCACAAUACGGGUAUUUUCUAUCAAGCAACAUAAAGAAUCUAAGGGAGAUGAUUCCGAUCCUGAAGAAGAGCGAAUGGUAGCUCAUUAUCAUUUUACGGACUGGAAAGAUCAUAGCCGUCCUGCAUAUGCUUUGCCAGUCCUAAAUUUUGUUAACAAAAGUGCUGCUGCUAACAGCGAAAAUUCCGGACCUAUAGUCGUUCAUUGCAGUGCUGGAGUUGGAAGAACAGGAACGUAUAUAAUGUUGGACUCUAUGAUGAGAGAAAUUCGAGAUAAGGGAACUGUAUCUCUUUUGGCUUUUUUGUAUAGGAUCCGUCAACAACGAAACGUUCUCGUACAAACAGAGGAACAAUUUGUGUUCAUUCAUGAUGCAAUUGUCCAAUUUAUAAAAAGUGGAGGGGACACAGAAAUAAAAGAGAGUGAAUUGACAAGAUACUGUUCUGAACUUGCUACAAUAAAAUUACCUUCUGGCUCUGAUGAAGAAGAUGCAACAACUUCCCUUUUGUCAUCAUCAACAUCAAGGUCUUCUACUUUAAAAUCUCGGAGGGGCAAUUGCCUGACUCCUCUUCAUUUAGAUGCCCAAUUCGAUCUCAUCACCUCUCAUCAGCCAAAAGAUUAUAUGUUCAGCGUGUCCUUAAACAAGGCUAAUAUUGGAAAAAAUUUCUCACCAAAAUUCUUACCUUUAAUAAACUCUCGAAUAAAACUGCCUAUGAAACCUGGAGAGGAAAAUUCUGAUUAUAUUAAUGCUUCUUAUAUGCCUGGCUUUUUUAAACGUCACGAGUUCAUUUUAACUCAAGUUCCACUACCUCACACAACUGAACAUUUUUGGAUUAUGGUUAUAGAUCAUUCUGUCAAAGUUAUGGUUAGACUAACUGGUGAUGAAGAAGAGGAUGGAGAGGCUUUUGAAAACUUUAAAUGCGAAAAAUUUAAAGUUGAUAUAGUAGAAGAAUGUCAUGAACUGAAUUACGCAAAACGUAUUUUUAGAAUUCGUCUAAUCGACGAGGAUUUAGAAAUGAAAACCACUUUAAUUACCAGUAGUUAUUGGCCUGAAUCUUGUACGCCUAUAACUACAACUUUUGAAGUUAUUGAUCUCAUUAAAGAAAGCUACCAGGAUGAUUCCAGAGAAUUAAGCAUUAUUAUAGACAAAUAUGGUGGUAGAAGAGCUGGAUUAUUCUGUGCUUUGUCUGUUCUACAAGAUCAGCUACGUCAGGAAGCUGUUGUUGACGUUUUGAGCUUAAUGCAAUUGUAUCAAUUAAUUAGACCAGGCAUACUACAAUCACAGAUGGAUUUACUAUUUUUAUAUAAAGCUAUUGAGAGUUUAAGCAGCGGUUAUAAUCGCGAUCGUGAUUCAGGAAUUGGAAAUUGUCCAGAUUCAUCAAAGGCGGUCGACGACCAUAUUGGCAAUGAUAAUUAA